CUCCGGAUUGCGUGUUGUGUGAGUUUACGAUUAUUGUUUGUUGCCGCGUUUUGUGGCCGCACAACAGGACGAUGGCGGAAGAGCUGGCAAACGAUUAUUCAGCCUAUUUUCAAACAUCCAACCCGGAUCAAGAGCUCAAACCCGUCGUUGACGGGAUCGAUCGUAUGAUGUUACGGCUGGAGGAAUUCGAAAACUGUCUCGAGCUGGUAAAGGCCGAAUCGGCGGUGGCUCUAACACAGAAUAUACCACGCCUGGUGGCGCUCAGGCCAGGGCUUAAUGCGCUCUGCGAACGGAUCGAUCGGUUGGAGCAGUUCGUCGCGAUGGUGGGCAAAAAUCUGGACGCCGUGGAGAAGCAGGUACAAAUCGCCGAGGAGGAGCUAGACAUUCCGGACAAGACGCUGAAUGUGCUGCUGAAAUCGUUAAAUUUCUUCGGUAAACCGAAACCGACGGACCGACCGACGAAUCGGAACGCGGAAACCGGCAUCUACGAGCCGGUGCCGGUGUUUAAGACAGAGCAAUACUUCCGGCCUAAUGGCCCCGAGCCAGAGGAGGAACCCCGGAACGAAGGGGACGAUUCGGAAGCUGCUUCACCUUCCGAUGACUGUGAUACUGGAACACCAGAAAAAUAGUGCCGAGGCCAAGGAGGCAUCGCUUUGGCUCCGCUCACAGGCAAUAGGGUAACGUGCGCGGGGAUGGAGAAAUGGUUAUUGUUGGAUGAGAAUAAAUAU